AUGACGUCACUAAGCAGUUCUUAUUUCUGCUACGGGUGGCGCUGUUGCUUGCUUCUGGAGGCGCUAUUAAACCUCUUCAAGAUACAUUCUAGAAUGCAGUUCGCCACUGUUUUAGUGCCGGUCCUUUUGGUCCUUGCAAGCGUUCUUGUUGACGCCCUUCACUACGACAUCUGCCAGUACAAGGAAGCCGCAAUCACCUGCGCAGGAGACACCGUCAUCCACGUCAUGAAAGCCAACUUCGGCAGGACGGACCGCGACAUCUGUCCAGAUCCCCUCCACGCUCACAACACUCACUGCCACAGUCACCAUUCUCUCGCAAUUGUCAAGAGAUUGUGCGACGGCAAACACCACUGCCACGUCCAUGUUGAUAAUGAGGAUUUGGGAGGAAAUCCGUGCCCCGGCACCUACAAGUACCUCCACCUCGAGGUCCAUUGUGACCACCACCACUAG